GCAUCGAUGUAUGUGUGAGAGAGCAGCACAGACCGAGAGAGGUGGACAAGUGUGUGUAAGCGGUGUGUGAGUGCGAACCACCGGGGGAUCCUGAGCCUGGAGGGGAGCCUUGUAAUGAGAGAGGGGGGCUCUUCUGCCCGUGGAUGUAUGCACCACCAGGACAGUGUUAUUCGCAGGCGAGCGUAUGUGUGUGCGUGUGAGAGACAAGUGAGUGUGGGCAUGCCAGCAGCAGCGGCAGUGCGCGUGUAUGUGUAACAGUGUCGUCGAUCAGCGUCGGGCUCUUCGCGUUUUGCAGCCGGCGGUGCUCAUCACACUUUGAGGACUGACUCAUCUAGACCCGGCUUUGGAAAGCAGGAGAACAGAGGAGGAGUGAGAGUGGAGGUAGUCGUGGGAAAGACGGAUGGAUGGGAAGACAGGGACUCAGUUUUAGGCUUUUGAAUGCUGUGGAUCCCUCUAGACCAUCUGAGGGUCUAGUCAUUUUUGGGACGCCAGUAGCCCCAGUUAUCUACCCCACCACCGCUGCCGCCACCACCACUUCCCUUUCAAAUUGGAAUUGCAGACACACAGCCAGACAGGUUUCCCGAAAACUGCCAAAGACCACCACAGAAGGAAAACGAAAUCUCCCCCACCCCUAAACUACAUCUGACUUCAAGGAACAUUUUCACUUCGCACCUGCUCAACGGACUAGGACGAGAAGGUUUCGUGACUCUUUGUGAUCUUUUUCCUCCUUGAUAUCAUUGUUCUUUUUUUUGUGGGAGGUGGGCAUAGUUGGGGGUUACAAGAUCCUAUUCCAGAGCUCUGAGGGGUGGGGGGUGGGGGGCUAGAGCGAUAAGAGGCUGGCAGACAAGACGGGACAGACGCAGGCAUGGCUCGCCUCAACUGGUGCCUGGCUGCCGUCAUCAGCUGGGGCAAGUUCCUCUUCGCCUGCUUCUUUCCUCUGCGGGGGGCCAAACGAAACAAGCCCGACGAGCUGGAGGGCGUCCACACGCACACCUUUAAGCUGAAGCCAUUCAAGAAGGCCAAGAGUUGUGAUAUAUGCAAGCAGGCCAUCACCAAGGAGGGCCUCAUUUGCAAAGCGUGCCGGUUGUCCUGCCACAAGAAAUGUGAAGUGAAGGUCACCACAUCAUGUCAAACAAAUACCAGCUAUGAGCCGCCUCCCACUCCUCAGCUGCCAUUAAAGCAUGUAGAUACACCGGGAUCUACGAGGUCCUGCAAGAGUGUGGAGAUAAGGCAAAAGCAGUCGCGGAGUCAGAGUGUGGUUCAGGCCAUGGAGGAGAGCUAUGAGGUUGACCUGGUCUACAUCACAGAGAGAAUCAUCUCUGUCUCUUUUCCCGCUGGGGCCGAGGAGCAAAGCUACAACACCAACCUCAAAGAGGUGGCGACGAUGCUGCGGUCAAAGCAUGGCGAGCACUAUCUGGUGCUCAACCUGAGCGAAGGACAGAGCGACUUAACAAAGUUAAACCAUAAGGUUCUUGAGUUUGGCUGGCCGGACCACCAUGCGCCAGCACUGGAUAAGAUCUGCAGCAUGUGCAAGGCCAUUGACAUGUGGCUCAAUGGAGACACACGCAAUGUGGUGGUACUGCACAAUAAGGGGAACCGAGGUCGAACGGGUGUUGUGGUGGCUGCUUACAUGCAUUACAGCAACAUAUCUGCAAGUGCUGACCAGGCACUGGACAGGUUUGCAAUGAGGCGCUUCUAUGAAGACAAAGCACUUCCUGUGGGUCAGCCAUCACAGAGGAGGUAUGUGCGAUACUUCAACGGCCUUCUGUCAGGACACAUAAAAAUCAACAACAAGCCUCUGUUCCUGCAUCACGUCAUCAUGCACGGCAUACCUAACUUUGAGUCCAAAGGAGGUUGCCGUCCUUUCCUGAAAAUCUACCAGGCAAUGCAACCAGUCUACACGUCAGGAAUAUACAAUGUGCAAGGGGACAGCAACACCAGUAUCUGUAUCACCAUUGAACCUGGACUGCUUCUUAAGGGAGACAUCCUGCUCAAGUGUUACCACAAGAGAUACAGAAGCCCAACCAGAGAUGUUGUGUUCAGGGUGCAGUUCCAUACUUGUGCCAUCCAUGAUCUUGGGGUGGUUUUUGGGAAGAGUGAGCUGGACGAGACCUUCAAAGAUGAGAGGUUUCCAGAGUACGGGAAGGUGGAGUUCGUGUUCUCAUACGGACCGGAGAAAAUCAAAGGCCUGAGUCACUUGGAGAAUGGGCCGAGUGUUUCAGUGGACUACAACACCCAGGACCCUCUGAUCCGCUGGGACUCAUAUGAGAGUUUCAGCCAUCGCUGUGAGGAAGCUGCAGAUGCUGACCACGAUGUUGUUCAUACCCAGGGCCCACUUGAUGGAAGUCUUUAUGCCCAAAUCCGGAAAAAAGACUCCCUGGAGGGAGUUGUCACAGUCAAUGGCCUCCCAGUCCGUGAAAACCCCUUGACUAACGAGAACCCAUUGCAGCACACCAACCAUCCCCUGCAAACUACUGACCACACCCUUCCUGUGGCAGGCCACACUUCCCUCCCUGCUGUCGACCAUACCCUGUCUGUGAGCAGUGACUCAGGCAAUUCUACCGCAUCGAUCAAGACUGAUCGCACAGAUGAGCAAAGCCAGUCUCUGCAGAGUGCUGUGAGCCACAACAAUCCAACAGCAACUCACCCACCACUCAGUCCGCAAGAAAAAAGAGAGCUCGACCAACUUCUGAGUGGCCUUGAGGCACCAACUAAGCGGCAAGCCUACCUGCCUACAUCUACCUGUCCAGGAGGAGGAGUACGACACUUAGUUCCUGCACAGGUGCAUGUCAACGGGAGCCACACCAGGUUAGUGGGCGCUCCUUCAACAGAGGAGCGUGAGACAGAUAUUCUCGACGACGAGCUGCCUAAUAGUCAAGAGGGCAACAGUGUGGACAGUUUGGGCACCAUCUCAUCCCUUGAGGGCCAAGCAACACCAGCUGACUUGUACUACCAAUCACAGACUCCUGUCAGUGGCCAGAACGACGAGCCAUACCUUGAUAGAAGCGAGAUGCCGGUGCAUGGAGUACGAACUCCUACAGCGAUGCAAGAGAGAUCCGUGGACUCACCAUCGCCACAGGGGGGUUACAACAAUUAUCAAAAUGGAGGAGGGAUGUAUCGUUCACAGUCCUUUGGGAACCCACCUGCCAGCAGCCCUGAGACCACCCCAAAACUUAUGCCCAGGGCCCCUGAGAGGAGCACCAGUAGCCGGGAUGCUGUACAACGAGGUCUCAGUGCCUGGCAUCAGCAUAGCCUACCAGAUGAUCCAUUUGGUCCUCCUCUUCAGUCAACUCAUAGCUUGCCCCACUUUCCCACCUCAGCUUCACAGCGUGACAUUGAGCAGUCAAUCGAGGCACUAAAUAUGCUGAUGCUUGACCUAGACCCAAUCAACUCUCACAUGUCUAAGUCCCACAGUGCGCCCCCUGGUGAGAACAGCCUCAAUUCAUCCCAGGUGCCAUUCUCCCAGACCCUGGCCAGGCCAUCAUACCAAGCAGACUCUGCUAUCCAUGGCUACAACAGCUCUGGAUCAAUUGGCGACGGCAUUCAUCAGCCCCAUCGCUCAUCUGGGAGAGUCAGCCAGAGCCCAGUUAUGGAGUCUCCAGUGCAUUCUCCCCAGAGGCCCAAUGCUGGCUACCAACACCAAAAUAUCACCCCAACACACACUCCUGAGCCCUACCUCCAUACUCGCCAUGCACCCCUUCAUUACACCACUGAUUCUAAUUUCAAUCAGCAGACCCCAGUGAAGCCCAUGAACUCCCACCCAAGCAGUGGCACAUCACACUCCCCAGAACUGCAGGGCUUGUCUCCGUAUCCAGGCUAUAGUGCCUCAUCUUCACCCCUUCCCACUGUAACUCCACAGCCCAAGGACACAUCUUCUUCAUCGUUGCCCAGAGAACAAGAUGCAGAGGAGGAGACGCUAAACUUGGAAGGCCUGGUAGCACACCGUAUUGCAGAGUACAACGCUCGUAUUCGGGGCAUCAGUGAAAGCAUGACACCACAACAAUCUGACCGCCAUCGCUCCUAUUCCUUCUCUGGAGUUCGUUCCAGAGGGAUGACCCCAGAAGUGACACAGGAGACGGGCAGGCGUCGGACCACGAGUGAGGGACAGUACCAGAGCGGCCAUGAUAGUACGUCAGCAGUGGAUUCACCAGACUUUUCCAACAAUCUUGCUCUCAACCCAGGAGGAAGACCCAGAGAGGGUCCAAUGCACAGCUACCGAGAGACGUUUCAGGACAAUGAAACAGACAGGUUUGCCAACAGUUCCACCUUUGGAGGUGGUGGAGCUCGCUCUCCUCCAGAUUUGAGCAAGACUCCUGUGUCACCGCUGGGAUUGAAGCCUCAUCAGCAGGGUGCAGCAGACUUUCAUUCUAAUACUGGAGAACAAGAUAAUCGAGGUUUUGGCGACUCCAGGGUACAACCUUUGAAUGCUCCUCUCUCCUCCAGCAGUCCCAUCCACAGCACUGAUGGAAGAAGAACUAGUUCUUCAGAUGCCGUCCCACACAGCCCCGCCUCUAUUCACCCCCACAGACCUGCUUCCCCAGACGGAUCUCAGGUCAACAUUAUGGGCGUCCACACAGUCCCCGGCAGCCCUAACACCCUCCACCGCACAGUGGCCACCAAUACUCCUCCGAGCCCUGCACUGCAGAGACGCCUGGGUCAAGCCAGCCCCUUGCUGGGCAGGCACCCACCUCCAUCUGGUGUUCCUUCAAGUCCUCUGAUUGGCCGAAACCCUAAAACAGCAGCUGCCGGUGUGCCACCUAGCCCUCUGAUGGGGCGCCGCACGGCAACGAGUGGACACAGUACGCCUGAUGAGCUGGGCGCUGCCUCUCGCCAGGGGGUCAUCCAUCAGCCUGCCACGCCUGCUUUCCCAGUCUCCCCACAGCUGCCAGAAAAGCGACACAUGUCCAGUGGAGAUGCAGACAGAAUGGAGAACAAGAACCUGAUGCCAAUACCGAUCAGUGUUAGCAGCACGCCUAACCUGUCUGGGACACACACUCUCCCAGACGUCUCCAAGUCUAUAUACGACGGUUAUCCUGACAUCAAGAUGAAUGUCAAGUUUGUCCAGGACACCUCCAAGUACUGGUACAAGCCAGACAUCUCCAGAGAGCAAGCCAUCAGUUUGCUGAAGGACAGGGAGCCUGGGGCUUUUGUCAUAAGGGACAGCCACUCUUUCAGAGGGGCCUAUGGUCUGGCCAUGAAGGUGGCCUGCCCACCACCAACUGUCCAGCAGAACAAAAAAGUUGGUGACAUGACUAACGAGCUAGUGCGGCACUUCCUGAUUGAGACGAACCCCAAAGGUGUCCGCCUGAAGGGCUGUCCCAAUGAACCCUAUUUUGGCUGUCUUUCUGCUUUGGUGUACCAACACUCAAUGACCCCACUGGCUUUGCCAUGCAAACUGAUGAUCCCCACCAAAGACCCAAAUGAAGAGGCACUAGAACUCACUACACCAACUGAUCCAGUUGUUGAACUUCUUAAGCAGGGAGCGGUCCAGAAGGUUCCUGAGGAAGCCCAUGCGUGCAAUGUUCUCUACAUCAACUCUGUGGACAUGGAAUCGCUCACUGGGCCUCAGGCAAUUGCCAAGGCAAUUAGUCAGACGCUGUCAACCAACCCUCUGCCCGCUGCCACCACCGUCCACUUUAAAGUGUCCACACAGGGCAUCACACUCACCGACAGUCAGAGAAAGCUUUUCUUUAGAAGACAUUAUCCAAUAAACACGGUAACCUACUGUGACAUUGAUCCC